AUGAGCGAAUGGCUUGUUAAAUUAUUUCAAAAACUGGGUGUUAGUUACGAAAUUGCUGAUAUUGGUACUCAUCAAAUGGCAGGAAAGACUUUAAAGUUACCACCUAUUUUAUUGGGUACUUAUGGAAAUGAUCCAAAGAAAAAGACUAUCCUUGUUUAUGGGCAUUAUGACGUUCAACCUGCGUUGAUUGAAGAUGGUUGGGAUUCAGAUCCUUGGAAACUUACUACUGAUUCUAAUGGUCGUAUGGUAGGAAGAGGCUCUUCGGAUGAUAAAGGACCAAUCAUUGGAUGGUUAAAUGCCAUUGAAGCUCAUCAAAAAGCAGGAAUUGAAUUUCCAGUGAAUUUGAAAAUUUGUUUUGAAGGAAUGGAGGAAAGUGGAUCAGAAAAUUUAGACGAAUUGAUUGCUAAAGAAGCAAAAAGAUAUUUUAAAGAUGUGGAUGCAGUUUGCAUCUCUGAUAAUUAUUGGCUUGGCGUAACUAAACCAUGUCUUACAUAUGGACUUCGAGGAAUUUGUUAUUUUGAGCUUAUUGUAAGUGGGCCUGGUAGAGAUCUUCAUUCUGGUGUUUUUGGAGGAACUGUUUAUGAACCAAUGACGGAUUUGGUUUACCUUUUAAGUAAAUUGGUAAAACCAAACGGCGAAAUUCUAAUACCUGGAAUUUUAGACGACGUUGCAGCAUUAACUGAAAAGGAAACUUAUAAAUCGAUUGAUUUUGGUAUUCAUGAAUUGCAUUCAGCUAUUGGAUCCAAAACUAGUCUUUUUGAAGAUAAAGAACCAACUUUAAUGAAUAGAUGGCGUUAUCCAUCGCUUUCUUUACAUGGUAUUGAAGGAGCAUUUUCUGCAUCAGGCGCUAAAACAGUCAUACCUUGCAGUGUCAGAGGAAAGUUUUCAAUUAGAUUAGUACCAGACAUGGAUCCUGAGCGAGUUAAAAAUUUAGCGGAAGAUUAUUUAAGAAAGGAAUUUGAAAAACUCGGAACUAAAAAUCAAUUUAAAUUAGAGACCUUACAUGGUGCAAAAGCAUGGGUAGCAAGUCCAAAUCAUUGGAAUUUUGUUGCUGCAUCAAAGGCUGUUGAAUCAGUUUAUAAUUGUAGACCAGACUUUACACGUGAAGGUGGAUCUAUCCCAGUAACUUUGACUUUUCAAGAUUUAUUAGGAAAAAAUGUUCUUUUACUUCCAAUGGGUAGAGGCGAUGAUGGAGCUCAUUCUACUAAUGAAAAACUCGAUUUAUCUAACUAUAUACAAGGAAUCAAAUUGCUUGGUGCUUAUUUACAUGAAGUUUCAGCAAUUAAAACUGAUUAA